CUAAAAUGUUAUUUUAUGUGCCAAAGCCUAUUAAUUCAGAAUGGGCAAUCAUAGCAAAACAAAUGACUACAGAAUUUGAGAACGGGGCAUACACUGACAACCUUUCCAUUCGGUCGAAAUUCUUUCGUGUGUGAGGACCACUUUGAACCUGAAUGCUACGAAAGGAACAUGCAGGCAGAGCUUCUGGGGUAUGAAUGCAAGACGAGGCUAAAACCUGAUGUGAUGCCAACAAUAUUUGCCCACAAGAAGAAGACAACAUCACACAGCAAAGGGUUGAAAUGAAAACCAGCAGACACAGGGGGUCUCCAGGACCGAGUUUGAGAACCCCUGGUUUAGCACAAUGAAAUCAUCAGAAGACCUGUCAUUCAAGAAUGUAUUCGCACAUUUCCUGCUGCCAAGCGUAGACAUGGUGAAGCACUGCCACCUAGUGUUCUUCUGAUGAACAUGCUGAACAAAGUGGCUUGAGAAAGUCCUGAAGGAGGGUUUCUUGUGAUUUUAUGUGGAAAACCAAAUAAGUUCUGGGAAAAUUAACUCUGGAAGGCACACAAUAUUCAUCAGACAAGAUUUGUUUCACAAACUGGAGCAAGACGUUACAACACUACAAGGACCGCACGGCAGAGACAUGUGGGACACACUGACAGAAAUAUUGGGGCUUGUUUUAGGACUCUCUGGCAUUAUCCUUCUAAUAUUGGCAAAUGAAACUGACUGCUGGAGGCAAGAUGCGAAGGACCAGUUUGCAUCGGUGGGCUUGAGCUUCCGGUGCCGCGGUCUCUGGAGCGAGUGUUUGUUUGACAACAUGGCAAACAUCUGGACCUGUGACAUCCCUCCCUCAUACCUGGGGGAGCUCCCUGUUGACAUGGUUAUAACUCGAGCCUUAAUUCUAGUCAUGUGUGUGGUCUGUAUCUGUGCCAUUCCCAUGCUCCUCUGUGGGAUGGGGUGCACCAGGCUGGUGAGCGAUGCUGGGAGUCAGAAGGCCAGGCUCACAGCGAGUGCGGGGACUCUCUUUCUCUUUGGAGGUACUUCAGGUGCAGUCGGGGUGCUGUGGUAUGCAGUAGGCACCUUCAUCAAAUACAGGCGAGAGGCCACAUAUGCAAUCCCCGGGGUCACGUAUGAGCUGGGCUACUCUUACUGGUUUGCCGUAGCGGGUGUGGUCUGUGUUUGUGCAGUGGGGAUAAUGCUUCUGUCAGUAACCUGUUCAACACGCAAGAGGAUGAACAAGGGGAAGAUUCACAGAGCCACGCUGCUCCUGACAGGACACAAUAACCACAUGCCAACAUCGCCACUCCCUGGACACAGCAAGACUUAUCUGUGACUUGAUUUAUCACGAUUGUCUUUACUUUAACUGUGCCCUGAGGCUUUGUCUGACGUAACAGAGGUUUUCUGUAAGCCUGCUGCUCAAUUAUUCUGUGAUGUACCACGAGCAUUUCAGCUACAGAAACAGAGCAGGUACUGGUUCAGAACCUCACUGUUUAAUACUGAACUCAACUGGCCAUAUUCACAGAGCAUUGACCACCAGCGUUGUCUGUGAUCAAUCAAACUGCUAAUAUUAUUGAACUAGCAUGAAACAACUGCAGCUCCUAAUUUAAUUUACUGGCUUAUUUAUUUGAACCUUUGUAACAUCGUGUUUUAGAUUUCUUUUUAAUGAAAACAUUUAGCCCAAUAUGAAUAGAUUAAAAACAAAAGAAUGAGCCACAGUCUAUUUUUUUUACUGACAUACUAGUUGUUUUUAUUAAUAAUCUAUCCGGUUUUAGCUUUAACACAGUUAAAUAUGAACUUGUGUUGACAGCUGAUUCUCAUUGUGUCCUCCCACAUUAGGAUGCAACAAGUAGGAUCUUGUAUGGACAUUCUACAUAUUGGUCCAGUAGUUAAAGAAAAAGGCUUGUAACCAGAAGGUCCCCAGUUCAAAUCCUGGUAAACUCACUGACUCACUGUGUGAUCCUGAGCAAAUCACUUAACCUCCUUGUGCUCCGCCUUUCGGGUGAGACGUAAUUGUAAAUGACUCUGCAGCUGCUGCAUAAUUCACACACCCUAGUCUCUGUAAGUUGCUUGGAUAAAGGUGUCUGCUAAAUAAACACAUAAUAAUAAUACAUGUUUUUAAUGCAAAGCUUUACCCUUUUCAUUAAAAAAGGCCAGCCAGACCCACCCUGUCAGUAAAUUUAAACCCUGUUUCAAGCAUCACAUUACAAAAAUA